AUGGGUGAUUACGAACGAUUCCAGCAAGGUCUUUACCUUUCCCCAAACCAGCAAGAUCUCCUGCUUGCCGCUCUAUCGUCCAAUAACCCCAGUCAAAAGCCCCAAAGUGGCUCUCCCCCGCUCAAGUCCUCUCAGAGCCCCGACGAAACUUCCUCAAACGGUAUCAGCGCCCCUCCCUCGGGCGGGUUUGACAAUCCCCAUGCCAACAAUUUCGGGUUUGGGGAUGACGAAAGCCCUUUCUUGGAUUUCACCCCGGACGUUGACUUCGAUUUCCCCGGUUCCGCUGAUUUGAUCGGGGACCUACCGGGAUCGGCCGACUACGAUAUCGGCGAGAAGCGAAAGUCCCUCGACGGGAAGUCGGACAUUGAAGGGGAAGAGACUGGAAAGAAACGUAGAGAAAGUGAGGCCAAGAAGCCUGGUAGGAAGCCACUGACUUCAGAGCCUACUACGAAGCGCAAGGCCCAAAACCGAGCUGCCCAGCGAGCCUUCCGCGAACGCAAGGAGAAGCACUUGAAGGAUCUGGAGGAUUCGGUGGAGAAGCUGCAGAAGACAUCGGACAUGACAAACCAGGAGAAUGGCUUGCUGCGUGCCCAGGUCGAGCGGUUGCAGGUCGAGCUCCGUGAGUACCGAAAGCGCCUUUCCUGGAUGGCCUCGGGAUCAGGAAAUGCCAUGUCGGCUAUGAGCUCGAAUUCCAUUCCGAGUGCCCAUUCUAAGGGAGCCUAUGGCCUCCAGAACAAUGAGUUUCUCUUCGACUUCCCCAAGUUUGGCGAUUUGCCUGGUGGUCAUCUCUUCAAUGGACAAGCCAACAAGAACGACCAAUCCAAAUCCAAUGUCAACACCCCUCAGGCACCUGGUGUCUUGGGCCGUGAGAGUCUGAACAGUCCUUCGUCUCGAUCGAACUCUCUUGCCCUGUCGAAUAAAUCGAAGUCUCAUGGAACUAUUCACAGCGCUACUUCCGCCAAAGCACCCUACUCUGGCUUCAAGUCUUCCGCAAAUGAUACUUCUACUUCGGAGAAUUCUCCGUCGUCUUCGUCCGACUCGCACCAGAGCCAGAUGCUGUCCUCGAACGGAACUUCCCCAGAACCAAGUCUGAACUCUCCCACAGAUGGGCAGUACCGCGAGCUGGGACCAGGUGAUUCGUGCGGCGGGCAUAUCACCACCGAUGGCGAGAAAUCCUUCUGUGCACAGCUUGGUAUGGCUUGCGGGAACAUCAGAAAUCCCAUCCCAGCGGUCCGGGAUAACAGCAGAUCCAAAUCCCAGAGUGUUUCGAGUAGCCACCCCACCCCAACUGAUGGCCCAGCCGAGGGCGAAGAUCCUCCGGAUCUUGGGAUCGAUUGGUUGGCCCAUCAGAAUGGCGGCCAGUUCGACCCGGUGCUCUUUGGUGAUUGGCGGGAGCCCCAAGAUGCUGUGCUGUCUCAGGAUUUCGGCUCUUUCUUCAAUGAAGCAUUCCCUCUGCCGGACCUGGGUAGUCCUUCCCACAACCUGUCCGAGGUCGUCACUGACGCGACCCAACCCAAGAAGAGCCUCCUUGCCCAAAUUGAUAGCAGGCUCGAGGAAGAUGAAGUCGUUCCAGGCGAAGACCAGUCGCAGAUGCUGUCGUGCACGAAGAUCUGGGAUCGUCUUCAAUCCAUGGAAAGAUUCCGCAACGGCGAGAUCGAUGUUGACAAUCUCUGCUCCGAGCUUCGCACUAAGGCGCGAUGCUCAGAGGGUGGUGUAGUCGUGAACCAGAAUGACGUUGACGACAUCAUGGGACGAGCCAAGUAG